GCUAUGCGAGCUCCGUAUUUCGCACGAAAUAACAGCAAAAUCGACACGUUGAGCUUUUGUAGUCUUUUCCAUCCGGUCAGACACUCUUUCACCGGCACAGUCUACUGUCCGGUUAGACUCUUCCACUCCGUUGACGGUAUCUUUCGUUGGGCAAAAGUGCUUUCUAUCUUUUCUUCAGAGAACGACCAAAACAGACUUUAUGAUUCGUUUUGAAAGGGCGGGCUGCGCCAUCCUACAUGUGCUCGCUCAGGCAACUUCAGCACGCUCCCAAAGCACACAUCCACCUCAUUCGCUUCUCGCUGCCGUAUUUCCCACUCUCGUUUCUUCUUCUCUUUUUUUUUCCAAUGCGAUGACGUUCCUCGUGUAGUCCACAGAGCUUUGCAGAUCUUUUUGCAAAAGAAAGGCUUCCGCUUUUUGAGACCGAAUAACACAGCACUGCUGUGCUCUAAUGCGCUUUCGUUGUGCUGCUCAUUGACCACAGAGACGUAUACAAAAAUGCUGCGGUUCUCUCGGCGAAUGCUGGUUUCAGCUGGUAGUGGACCCUUUGAUCCCUACAAGAUUCUCGGUGUCAAAGCUGAUGCGUCCAAGGACGAGAUCAAGAAGGCCUACCACCGGCUUGCCCUUCGCUUCCACCCAGACAGCGGGGCAGAGGGCAGCGCGGAGCGUUUUGCGGCGGUGAACGAGGCGUACGAGGCGGUGAAGGACGGGAAGUGGAGGCCGAGUGCGGAGCGGCAGCAGAAGUCGGCCGCGGACGGCGGCAGUGGCUGGAAUCCGAAGAUGCGGAUGUAUGUCUACGAGCAGCCCGGCUCCACGACGGAGGGCUAUGUGUCCGGCGACACGGAGAAGUACCUGCGCAUGUUCAUGGUCGGGUGCUUCUUGUUUGUGUUUAUUCGCUUUUCGCUGUUCUUUCUUCUUCCGGGAAAGAAGCGCGAGGAGGUGCCACUUGAGUCUCCCGGCACCGACGGGGUUGGGGGUAGCGCAGACGGUACGCUUGCCUCCUUUGACGGUCUGUCGUCAUCAGCCUCGCCGUUUCCUCCUCUCCCAGGUGGCGCUACGAAGGACUCUGUCCACCGUGACGAUGAGGCGGACUUUAAGUGGAACUACGACGCCCAACGUGCGCCAAUGCAGGAUCCUCUCUCGCAUCGGCAAUAG